AUGAGGGCAUUCUCGCUAUGCUCGCUGCUUGUGAGAUUUAUCCUCAGCUCAACAUGGGCCGACCCACUCCGAGCAUCGCACGGGGUCGACAUAGCGCAUGGUUACCAUCCCAGCAGCCUGAAGCUACGAGGAGGCUCCGGUGUCUACGAUGGGCUGCUGCAAUCAGCCCCCGGACUUGGUGAAGUGAGCGAGUACUUGGAGGGUUUAGCUCCACUGGGGGACACCUGCGGAGACCCGGCCAAUGUGCCGGCAGACAUAACCAGCAACCAGUUCUUGGACUCCUUGAACCCACAGUCACUGUACGAGCUGAUAGGAAGUGAGAGGCCUGAGUCUGAAGUCGGGAUUGAUACCCCUGAAUUUCAGGCGCAGGGGCGAAACUUUAUCAAAGCGCAUACUAUAAGGGGAGCAUUGAUGUUCCUGGAAGACAGCAAAUUCUUCGUUCCCUUUGUCAAGGCCAUCUUCAACAAGUUCGAUUCUAACCAAGAUGGCUUCUUGUCGUUCGAAGACUUCCAGGAGCUGCAGUUGUGUACCGAGCCCGGUAUUGAGCUUGGAGAGAAGAAUCUGACGGAAUGGGAGGAAUUUUUGAAUGAAACAGAGGACAGCCUGGAGACAGGAAUGAGCUUCUUCGGGUUGUACAGGCUGUAUCAGUCAACAGGGCAAGAUGUCAUUCAAGACUGUCAAGUGGUCUUUGGCGACAAGUUUUAUGAUAUGUUUCCCUACGCGAGAUGGCUGUUCGAUAACCAUACCAUGAGCAACGACGAGGAUCAACCAGCUUGCAAUGGGUACAAACGCUGGCAGCUUGAAGACAUUGAUGCACCUUUGACAGAAGACGUGUGGGAUAUAGGGGAUCUAGAAUCUUGUGUUCGGCCCGAAAAUUCCUUCUGGCACGAGUGGAAUUGGAGUGCAUUCGACUGUUUUUAUCACAAGAUGAAUUCUUCAGACAGUAUUCCCUGGAAGCACAAGUGA